AUGAAGUUCAAGGCAAAGAACGGACAUAGCAAGCAUGCCCGCACCUACCACCCGAAAGAUCCUCUCGCUCGGAUUCCGAUAUCUUUGCCAUUACAACAGUAUACCAGCCGAGACCAUCAAGGUGAAGGAUCGAAUGAACGCAGUGGCGCGGACCUUGAAGACAGACGCGACGGCAGUGUAGGCCCAGAUGCACAAGCUCCUCAUGUUCAAGAGAGGGCAGGCUCGGGCGCCGAUGCAGAUGCCAUCGGAGAUGCGCCCGACCACUACGAUUUCGAGCAUGCAGACAAUUUUGGGUUUCGCGACGUCCAUAUGGACUUUGAGGGCGUAGAUGAGUUGGGGAGGGAUCUGUACGAAGAUUACGAAGGAUCACCUAACCCGCAUCAUGCACACGGUGGGGAUAGCGAUGGCGACCACUCCAUGGGUGACAAGCGAGAUACUCCAUCGCGUACUAGCAUGUCCCCUGAUGCCGAAGAUCCGACACGACCAAUCAUUCAAAACCACCCCCACAUUUAUGGACGACCAUGCGAUGAGUUUGGCAACUACCUCCCAAGAGAUGUGCCUCCUCCUCCUCCACAGGCACCAGCUCACGAUGAUUGGUAUCCGUAUCGCAAUCGGACUGAAUUCGAGACCGCCGAGCUUCUCUUUGCCCGCGACGAAAUGUCUGCUGGAAACAUCGAUGCCCUCUGUCGAUUAUGGGCCUCAUCUCUCGUCAAGGACGGCGAUGAAGCUCCGUUUGCAGAUGCAAAAGACCUAUAUCAACGUAUUGACAACACUUUACUCGGCGAGGUGAAAUGGCAAAGUUUCAACAUGACGCACAAUGGCCUGAAGCUGGACAACAAUGCCCCAGCAUGGAUGAAUGCAGAUUAUGAUGUCUGGUAUCGAGAUCCCCGUCUUGUUGCCCAGAACAUGCUUUCGAAUCCAGAUUUUGAUGGUGAAAUCGAUUACAGUGUCAUGUGCCAGUUCGAACGUGAAGCCCCGCAUCAACACCACCUACAAGACUUCAUGUCUGGCGACUGGGUAUGGAAGCAAGCAGACUUAAUCACGCAAGACCCAGACACACACGGCUCCAUGUUCGUUCCCAUCAUCCUCGGCAGCAACAAGACCACCGUCUCCGUAGCCACCGGUCAAAAUGAAUAUUAUCCACUUUAUAUGUCGAUCGGUAAUGUGCGCAAUAAUGUGCGACAGGCGCAUCGCAAUGCCGUCGCCCUUAUAGGCUUUCUGGCAAUUCCAAAGACUGACAGGAAGUAUGCGGACGACAUUCAGUUCCGCAAGUUCCGCCGCCAGAUGUUUCAUUCAUCACUUUCGAAGAUCUUGCAACCACUCAAGCCCGGUAUGACAACACCAGAAGUGACCCAUUGUGCAGACGGUCAUUUCAGGCAUGUCAUCUACGGCCUCGGUCCGUACAUUGCUGAUUAUCCGGAGCAGGCACUCCUUGCCUGCAUCGUGCAAGGGUGGUGUCCGAAAUGCACUGCACACAGCUCUAAUCUCGACGGUUCCGAGGGCGGAAGAUGCAGUCGAGCACACACUGAGGUAUUAGUUGAAGAACUGGGCCUGGACGUUCUAUGGCGCGAUUACGGACUGGUGGGAGACAUAGUGCCUUUCACUAAUGACUUUCCACGCGCGGACAUUCACGAACUUCUAUCUCCCGACCUCCUACACCAGCUUAUCAAAGGAACGUUCAAAGAUCACCUCGUCGAUUGGGUAGAGCAAUACAUAAACAGCAAGUACAGUCCCGCUACUGCCAAAUCCAUUUUGGCGGACAUUGAUCGUUGUAUUUCCGUCGUUCCUCCAUUCUCCCAUCUGCGACGGUUUCCUGAAGGCCGGGGCUUCAAGCAAUGGACAGGAGACGACUCGAAAGCAUUGAUGAAGGUGUAUCUGCCCGCCAUUUCACACUAUGUGCCUCGCAAAAUGGUUCAUGCGUUACGGUUGUUCCUCGACUUUUGUUACCUUGCUAGGCGCGAUGUUCACACCGAGAAGACACUGGCCGAUUUGGAUCACGCUCUCAAGCGCUUUCAUCGUGAUAGAGAAAUCUUUGCUACUUGUGGAGUUCGGAUCAGUGGGUUCUCCCUUCCCCGGCAACACUCACUUGUCCACUAUCGGGCUCACAUAUGGGCGUUCGGUGCCCCGAAUGGGCUAUGUUCUUCCAUUACUGAGUCGAGGCAUAUCACUGCUGUCAAGAAGCCUUGGCGACGUUCUAGUCAUUACAAGGCGCUCGGGCAGAUGCUGCUGAUGAACCAGCGCCUUGAUAAGCUAGCUGCUGCACGCGUCGAUUUCACCAGUCGCGGGAUGUUGGCUGAAUCAGCUCUCGUUGCCGCGAUGAACAUCCAUAUUCGCGGCCUUGAAAACGACAUGCCAAACCCGGAUGCCGAUGCAGGUCCCACCGCCCAAAGAGAGGAUGACAUCGUUCCGGGUCCGCGAUCGAAGGAGUACGUUAAGUUAGCAGUGACCCUCCAGCGGCAACACUCACGGUCCAUCUAUGCCCUCGCCGACGAGAUCGACCAACCUCACUUGCCUACGGCUCUGCGCCAUUUUCUAUAUGGUCAAUUACAUCCUAACCGAGACAUUUCUGGCACCAUUCCGAUUGACGCAUGUCCAGAGGUCCUUCACCAGGACAAGGUCUACGUCGUGUACUCGGCGGCCGCCACAUAUUAUGCCCCCAGUGAUCCCAGCGGUAUUGGCGGUAUGCGGCGCGAGUACAUUCGGGCUACUCCCUCCUGGCGAGGCGUUGGGCCGUGUUUCGAUUGCGUAUUCAUCAAAAGCCCGUCUGCUGAUCCUGGAGUCAAUAGUUUUGAUAUUGCGCAUGUCCAACUUUUCUUCAACUUCCGCUUUCGCUACAUACAGUAUCCGUGCGCGCUCAUUCGUCGGUACGAACUGGUCGAUGAGCAGCCAGAUCGAGACACCGGCAUGUGGAUCGUCAGGCCACGGACGGAUGAUGGCAGCAUCUCAGUAAUUCAUACCGACUCUAUCCUACGCGCGGCGCACUUGAUCCCGGUUUUCAAUGGCCCUAUACCUGAGGGGCUAACAGAAUAUCAUUCUCUGGAUGUUUUUGAGCAGUUUUAUAUGAACAAAUAUGUCGACCAUCAUGCUUUUCACACACUGUUUUGA